AUGGAAGUUCCAAGAAUUGAAAUUAUUCAAUCAUAUUGUCGAGGUUUUUUAACUCGAAGAGUAUAUAAUAAAAGUAGUAUAUUUAGAAGAUUUGAUGUUAUUAAUGAAUUUAGUACAACAGAAGUUUCAUUUGUAGAUUCAAUGAGAAAAUUGGAUGUAUUUUUUAAUGAACCUUUGAUUGAACGAGCAAAAAACCCAGAAACUACAAUACUGCCAUUAUUAAUGAUUAAAAGUAUUUUACCAAGAAUUGAAAGUGUAUUUUUAAAUGGUUGUUUAAUAGCUAAUACUUUUGAAGAUAUUCGAGUUCGAUGGAAGUAUGAUAGUUGUUUUGGAGAUGCAUUAGUGAAAUGCAUUGAACUUAUGGCACCACUUGCAGAAUAUACAUUAUUAUUUGAAACACAAAGAAGGAGUUUGGUAAGUGCUUUUAAAGUGAAAGGAUUUAAAGAGUUUAUUAAAAGACAAAGCAUUAUUAAAGAUUUAAAUGGAUUAUCAUUUAAUGACCUUAUUAUUAUGCCAGUUCAACGACUGAUGAGAUAUCCAAUACUACUUAAAGAACUUAUCAAAAAUACUUCAUCUUUUCAUCCAGAAUAUCAACGUCUUGAAGAGAUUCAACUUAAAUUUGAACAAUUAAUUUCAAAUGUGAAUACUCAAUCAAAAAUGCAUGAUUGUUUACUUGAUGUAUCUUCUUGUAUUUGUUGUUCAGAAAAUUUAGUUCAAUCAUGGAGAUAUUGUUUGUAUUAUGGAUGGUUAUUAAUCAAUUCACCAACUACAUUAUCAUUUGCUUUUUUGUUUAAUGAUAGAAUUUGUUACAUCCAAAAUGUGUGUGAAUUAUCACUAACAAAUAACAAAACUCGCUAUUUACAAUGGGAACAAUACCAACAAAUUCGUUUCUUAGAUGUUAAACGUUUUGGCCCUUCAGGUGAAGAACCAAGAACUUUUGAAAUUCAUUGUGGUACAACAAUUGAUUAUCUUUUCUUUCCAGAUGGUGAAGAUUUUGAAGAAUGGGUUAAUGUAUUAAAUUCAACGUUAAGCCAAUUUAUUCAAUUAACUAAAAGAUUUUAA